UAAAACAACUUGCAGUUUGCUCGGAUCUGUUUUUAUUUUAUUAGUUUUGUAAUUUUCUGCUUCAAUGGCGCCUCUGUUUGACUGUAACAACCAAAACAUCUUUUUCAUAUUUUGUUUUUCUUCUGUGGUGCAGUGGGAACAUAAACAUCUCUUGUAACGUCGAUCUAUUGGACCUGCGGUUCCGGUUCCGUCCAGCAGGUGGCGGUCAGGCGCUGCGAGGCGGAUUCUGGAUCCCCGUAACCCCGUGAAGAAGAGCAGCGGCGGCCGGGGCUCUGCAGCGCCUCACCUUCAUCAUCUUCAUCACCCUCCUCGUCAUGUUUCUCUGCAGUAACGCGCUGCGCGUGUCCGCUCAGGUGUUUCGGCGGACCGCGCGAAGGGGCGCGGUCACGUGGCAGCAGCUCCGGACUUCCGCCCAACCACCGGACCGGGCGGGACUCGAACCGCCGCCCCGCAGACACGGCCCCGCCAGAGCGCCGCACGCGGCUGGUCUGUUUACCAGAGGAAUUCACCUGAGCCCCGAGGGGCGGAGUCAGGGAGAGCCGGGACAGGCCAGCCAGCUGUCUGACUCCGCCUACGAGAAGCUGGCUGAGGAGACUCUGGACGCGCUGGCGGAGUUCUUCGAGGACCUGGCUGACGAGGACGUCAGUGGAGACUUGGACGUCGUUUUUUCUAGCGGAGUUCUGACAGUGAAAGUGGGCGGAGACUGCGGCACCUACGUCAUCAACAAACAGACACCGAACAAACAGAUCUGGCUUUCUUCUCCAACCAGCGGGCCGAAGCGCUACGACUGGAGCGGCGAGCGCUGGGUGUACAGUCACGACGGCGUGAGCCUCCACCAGCUGCUGUCCCAGGAGUUCUCCCUCAUCUUCAGGAGGAGCAUCAGCCUCCUGGACCUCCCUCACUCCUGAAGGCCCGGGAUGCUCCAACAGGACGGAACCGCCGGACAGGUUUGGUCCCGGAUCGCCUGCGAGGACGGAGGAGGUCCAUGGCGGUCCGCUCCACGAGGAGAAGACUGGACUGGGAGGAGACGGACCUCCUGCUGCGGCGUCCUCUGGAACGCCCCACAUCACCACUCCCCCCUAAACGUGUCGCCAUGGCAACAGCUCGACGUGGAGACGGCGCAGAAGCAGAGAAACGUCCAGAACUAUUACAGACCGGGUUUGAGGCUCAUCUGGACCAGAACAUGAAGUUCCAGAUGUUCCAUGAGAGUCUGAAGAACCGUCGGCUUCCUUCACCUCAGUCUGGAUCUGCUGGUGCCGAACUCUCCAGAAAGAGUCCAACUCUCAUAGAGUUCUCUGUGGAACGGGUUCUGGACCGAUCCGGACGUCUGCAGAGAACUCCAACAUCUCAGGUGUUGCUCCUCUGAAUCUGUCAGGAUUGUUAUUUAAAAGUUUUCCUCAAACAUCUCCGUGUUCUUCCUGAUCGUCUGGUUCUGGUGUUUUGGUGGAAACGGUCACGGAUCUCAGCAGAACCGUCUCCAUACAGCCCAUUCCGCCUCUCCUGUGCGGUUCUGCUGCAUGUCUUUGGGAGAACAUCCGUGUUCCUGAGGGGUUCUGCUCCAAUCGGAACGUCUCAGGAACCACAGAUGAUUCUGAUGGACUGAAUGCACCAGCUGGGUUCUUCUGAAGUUCUGGAACGUUAAACUGAGUCUCACUGA